AGCCAGCACUCCCCAGCCAGUCUCCUUUACUAGCAGCCCCGCCUGCCUCCCCCCUACUUCCCAUCCCCCACCUUCCCCCGUCCACAUCCCCUCCCCUCUUGACAAAAGAUGCCCAAAGAAGCGACAAAAACCAAGUCACGCAAGGCUGCGAGCAAGAGCGAGAAGGCGCCCCGCGGCGGCAAGAAAACGAAGGAUCCCAACGCCCCCAAGCGGGCCAUGUCCGCAUAUAUGUUCUUCAGCCAAGACUGGCGGGAGAGGAUUAGGACUGAGAACCCCGAUGCCAGCUUCGGUGAGGUCGGGAAGCUCUUGGGCGCAAAGUGGAAAGAGCUCGACGAGUCAGAGAAGAAGCCUUAUAUUGAGCAGGCCGCACGAGACAAGCUCCGUGCUGAGCAAGAGAAAGCAGAUUACGAUGAGAAAAAGCCAGUCGCCGGUAGCGGCGACGAAGGGAAUGACGAGGACUAGGCGGCGCACGCGCUUCGCCCGCGCACGUCGACCGUCCAUGUACACCCGCACUCUCCUUGUAUGUUGACCGAGGCCCGGGGCCCCGCUUGUACCCGACCCAUCAUCGUAAUCGACAUUCUCUCCCACCUGCCUGACAUUUGUUACGCUAUAAUAAGACGAAUAAAUCCCACGUCCAUUCAUAUUCUUACCCCGUCUUGUUCAGCCCCGCCUCCUCCUGCCGUCUGUGUCUACGUCUCGUUUUUCGUGUUCCUGUGUGUUAUGGUUGUUUGUGGGCCCACCCCCUUCGUUCUGCGUUCUGUGUGCAUAGUAUGUUCUAUUGUGUAGUGUCAAACAUUCCGUAUCGCACAUUUUUAUUUUGCUGCAUCG